GUUCGCCGUGCCCGCGCCCCGCCUCCUGCGCUCCCGGUGCCGCUCCCGCCUCCUGCGCUCCCGCUGCCCGGCCAUGCCGUUCUCGGCGCAGCCGCCCGCCAGCGGCGAGCACUACGCGCUGUCCGCCAGCCUGGACAAUGCCCGGCACCUGUCCAGCCUCCUGCGGGCCGUGCACUUCCAGGACCACGCCACCUGCCUCGCCACUGCCAGCGGGCUGCGCGUCACCGUGGAGGAUGCCAAGUGUAUCCAGGCCAACGCCUUCAUCCAGGCAGAAAUUUUUCAGGAAUUUUCCGUUCAGGAGGAGUCUGUGAUGUUCCGGAUCAGUUUGUCUGUUCUUCUGGACUGCCUCACCAUUUUUGGAACCAGCUCCUUACCAGGAACAUCAACGGCCCUUAGAUUGUGUUACCGUGGUUAUGGGUAUCCCCUGAUGCUGUUCUUGGAAGAAGGAGGAGUGGUAACAGUCUGCAAAAUCAACACUCAAGAACCUGAGGAGUUGUUAGAUUUUGAUUUCUGCAGUACGAAAGUUGUUAAUAAAAUUAUCCUGCAGUCAGAGGGACUGCGAGAGGCGUUUGCUGAACUGGAUAUGACCAGUGAGGUUCUGCAGAUUACCAUGUCACCAGAGAAACCCUACUUCAGGUUAUCCACUUUUGGAAAUGCUGGAAGUGCACAUCUAGACUACCCUAGGGACUCUGAUUUGAUGGAAGCAUUCCACUGUAACCAGACCCAGACAAACAGGUACAAGAUUUCUUUGCUUAAACCAUCCACAAAGGCACUGGCUUUGUCUUGCAAAGUGUCCAUUCGAACAGAUGCUCAAGGAUUUCUUUCACUGCAGUAUAUGAUUAGGAAUGAAGAUGGACAGAUCUGUUUUGUGGAAUACUAUUGUUGCCCUGAUGAGAACAUCACUGAAGCAGAGCUGUAGGUGUGUGUGCUGGCAUCUGUAAUAUAUUUUUGGUUAUAUAAAAUAUUAUAUUUUUUUACAAAACUAAAUGAAAGCUGUAAAGUUU